GAAGCAAAACAAAAGCAAAACCCCGAUCGUGUUUCUUUCGUGCGCAGGAACGCCUACUCCCAGAGGAAGAGAGCCGACACACUUCAUAAGCAAAAAGUCUUUGUUAAAAGCAGGCACUGAAGGAGCGCAAGUCGUCGCAGCAGCUUAGGCGUUUGUUUUUCUUGCUGCUUUCAUCGUUUCGUUGUACGCCAGAAAAGGAAGGAGGGAUAGUCGGCACACCGUCCUUAUUAUUCUUUUUUCUUUAAGCAUAGAGACACGCACACACGCACUUUGUCCGACAGUAAAAUGGCACCGAAGGCCGCCAAGAAGGAGCCGAAAGUCAGUGCGGCAGAGAAGCGUCGCGAGACACAGGAGAAGCGCGCCUUGAAGGAGAGGGCCGAUCAGCAGGCGCUCGCGGAAUGGAUCGACACCCACGACCCACUGCUGGACAAAGCCGCAGACACGCCCAUCCAGCUGGAGGAGCUCUUUUCAUCUAAGCUGGUGCACCGCACCUUCGCUCAGCCUGGCGUGGGGGACACUCCCUAUGACUGGACGGAAUUUCGAAAGGUGCUGGCGGAGCGCUCCGCGACGAGCCCGCGUUGGUUUAUUCAGCUACGCGAAGAGGACUUGCUGGCGGGUGCGGAGGGCAUGGAGGGGGUGACGGUGGACUGCUACGUGAUUGCCGAGGCGGCGCAGCCAACCCUGGCACCAGCGGAGUACAUUGUGAAGGUGCACUGGCCCUACAGUGAUGCCGAGGACAACGCACCGGAGCGCAUUCUGCCGCUGGAGAGCCAGGAGAUGUGCUGGCGCCGCGUCGUGAAGGCGGAUGGGAGUGAUAUGAACGUGUACCUCCUGCAGAAGAGGCACAGCGACGGUGCCGCGAAGACAGGUCCGGCGCUCGCUUCCUCCGCCUUUGGCUUUGGCGCGAGUGCUCCAAGCGCGUCUUCGCCGACUGCCGCUGCUACGACUGUCACUGCGCCUUCCGCUGAUGCGCCAUCUUCCACAGCUGCAUCGACGGCAACAUCGAGUUUGGGUUUUGGUUUCGGUGCUGCACCGACGGCAAAUGGUGCUCCCACCGCUGCCGCAGCCUCAGGCUUCGGCUUCAGCUUUGGCCCUGCCAUCCCGACAUCGGCGCCGUCUGCCGGCAAUGGUAGCAGCACCACAACGACUGCGUUCAGCUUCGGCUUUGGCCAGAGUUCCGCUGCGCCGGCUCCCCCCUCGUUUGGUUUUGGUGCCCCCGCGGCGCCUUCAACGGCCCCCGCACCGGCGGUGACCAGCGAGGUGAAGGUGGAGCCCCUCAAGACGUCUGAGAUUUUGUUCGCCUUGUGGUCGCGCAGGCGUCUCACCGACCUGGCGAAGGAGAUCCGCUCCGGCAGCCGCAUCGUCCGCGAGGACUUCCCGCUGGACGCGAGCACCACGAUGAAACUGGUGAUGCAGAACGAUCGCAAGGACGACGUGGCGACGACGACGCGUCGCCUGCUGUUGAACCGCCUCUUCGCCAAGCAGGACCCCGAUGUGCGGGCGAUGGACAAGUGGAUCGACGACUGCCCUGUGUACGACGAGGCGCUGGCCCCGGCGCUGCAGGCCUUUCGUGAGCGUCAGCUGAACGAACUUGCGGAGGAGUCGGAGGUAUUUCAUCAGAUCUGCGAGCGCUACCACGGCAAGAUCGAAGAGGAGCUGCGGCGCAUCGUGAAGCUGCGCCUGUCGGCCGCCGAUGCUGAGCUUGACCGGAUCGCCGCCAUCACAGAACAGAUAAAAGAACACAAGCUGGCCGAGAAGAGCGCCUUUCGACUGCUAAAGUUCUACGCGAAGAAUGAUGUGUUGCGGUUUCGCCCGUUUGGCAAGAUUAGCGGUAUCUCGGAGAUGGGGGAGAGCGUCGAUGUCUGCGUCCCACCGGCGCACGUGAACAUCAACCCUUUCACGGGAAAGCCUCUGUAG